AUGUCAACCCUCACCAUGCCGAACAUCCAUUACAUCCUCCCCACGCCGAACAUCCAUUACAUCCUCACCACGCCGAACAUCCAUUACAUCCUCCUCACCACGCCAAAAAUCCAUCACAUCCUCACCACACCGAACAUCCAUUACAUCCUCCCCACACUGAACAUCCAUUACAUCAAUCCUCGCCACGCCAAAAAUCCAUUACAUCCUCACCACGCCGAACAUCCAUUACGUCAAUCAUCUUACCUGACGCUGAAACUAUGCCUGAUACUAUCCCUCGCACUCAGGUUCAUCACAGAGACUUCAGCGUCUUGCAACUCCCAUGUGGACAUGCAGGAUGCAAGCAGUUUUUCAAGACAGCUGCUGACAUGGCUUACAGGACGUCCAUGUGACAUUCAUGGUUGUUUUCUCGAUGAUAAUGCAUUGCCACCAACUCACGAACCUCAAUCUCUGAAUGACUGGACGCCAUUCCGUAACCGCACUGAAUUUGAAACUGCCGACUUUUUCUACACUCAGAACCCAAUGCCUGCCCGGAAAAUUGAUGCGCACCUUGCCCUAUGGGCAUCUACCUUGCUCAAACAUGGUGAUGCACCACCAUUUGCAGACCAUCAAGAUCUCUAUGCGACGAUUGACGCAAUACCAUUGGGAGAGGUCAAGUGGGAGUGUUUCUCAUGCUCGUAUACAGGUGAGAAGCCUGAAGGUAGUUAUCUGCCCUGGAUGGACAGCACCUUUGAUGUAUGGUACCGGGAUCCACAUCAAGUAGUCCGCAACAUGCUCGCAAACCCCGAUUUCGCACAUGAGAUGGACUUUCGACCUUACCGAGAGUACUCGACCUCAGGCGAGGAGCGCCACUAUAGAGACUUCAUGUCUGCUGACUGGGCAUGGGAUCAAGCAGACAUCAUUUCUAAGGAUCCAGAUACAAUUGGCGCCACCUUCGUUCCUGUCAUUCUUGGAAGUGACAAAACAACCGUCUCUGUAGGAACCGGGAACAAUGAGUAUUACCCGCUCUAUCUGUCCAUCGGGAAUGUCCACAACAAUGUCCGGCGUGCGCACCGGAAUGCAGUUGUAGUCAUUGGCUUUCUUGCGAUGCCAAAGACUACAAAGGAACACGCAAGUGACCCACACUUCCGAAAAUUCCGCCGCCAGUUACUUAGGCCCGGAAUGACGAAACCUGAGGUCGCAAAAUUUGGUGAUGGGCAUUUCCGUCGCGUCAUCUAUGGCCUUGGACCUUACAUUGCCAACUAUGAAGAACAAGUUCUGCUGGCAUGUAUUGUGCGCCGCUGGUGUCCACGAUGUAUGUCACCAAAUUAUGAUCUUGAUGCAGCUGGCGCACUUCCUCGAUGUCAAGCGUAUACAGAAGAACUUGUUAGUGUGGGGACAUAUUUGGAACUGUGGGACGAGUUUGGAGUUGUAGCAGAUCUUGUCCUGUUCACUAAUGAUUUUCCUCGCGCUGAUUUUUGCCAGCUGAUCGCACCCGACAUCUUACAUCAGCUCAUCAAAGGCACGUUCAAGGACCAUCUUGUGGACUGGGUCCAUAAGUAUCUCCUACAAACACAUGGAGCACGCGAUGCACAACACAUCUUGGAUGACAUUGAUCAUAGAAUCACUAGUGUCGCCCCUUUCGCAGGCCUGAGGCGUUUCCCGCAAGGGCAUGGCUUCAAACAAUGGACCGGAGAUGACUCAAAAGCACUUAUGAAGGUUUAUAUAGUGGCCAUUGAGGGACACAUCCCAGUGGAAAUCAUACGCACAUUCAAUACUAUAACCGAGGGCACGCUGGAGAAACUGCAAGAUGCUAUUUCCCGUUUCCAUCAUUAUCGCAAGAUUUUCCUUGAAACUGACACUGUAUCCAUGUUCUCUCUACCACAACAACACUCUGUCUCUCAUUAUUUGCAGCUCAUCCGACUCUUCGGUGCUCCAAAUGGACUCUGCUCAUCCAUUACAGAGAGCAAACACAUCAAGGCUGUUAAAAAUCCAUGGAGGCGAUCAAGCAAAUAUAAUGCACUUGUCGACUUCAUCAGCCGUGGGAUGUUGGAUGGAACUUGCCUGGAUCAUGCGCUUACUACUACUAAUGAUGCAAUCCGCAACGCUCACAACGAAGACUUUGACAUUAUAAUUCCCUCAUCGUUGUGUGUCAACUGUCUGAUUUGGCAUGCAGAGACAAAACAUGCACGCACCGUGCUCGCUCUCGCUGAAGAGUUGGAUAUCCCUCGUCUACCUGAGAUGGUCUGCCACUUUCUCUUCCAGCAGACACGUCCGGAUGAUCCACGAGAUGUGUCAGAAAUUCCUAUUGCAGGAUGUCCUCGAUAUGAGGGCAAAAUAUCAGUAUUCAACUCUGCAUGCUCACGGUUCUAUGCCCCGAGCGAUAUAAGUGGGAUCGGUGGGAUGCGGAUUGAGCACAUUCAUGCUUGUCCCAUGUGGCGGAACGAGGCCCCUCGUUAUGACUGUGCUUUCGUCAAUAUUGGGUCAGAAGAUGUGGGCAUUCGAGGACUCGAAGUCGCGAGGAUUUGUGCAUUCUUCUCAUUCAUUUAUGGAGGAAAGACUUACCUGUGUGCCGUCGUGCGCUGGUUCAAUAUCAUUGGAGACUCGCCCGAUGAAGAUACUGGCAUGUGGAUGGUCCGUCCAGCCUGCGGCACCAACAAUGCACCUCUCUACAACAUUAUACAUGUCGAUUCAAUCUAUCGUGUGGCUCACCUCAUUCCCGUUUAUGGCAGACAUUUUCUCUGCCACGAUAUUAAUCUACACAAUUCAUAUGACAGUUUUCGAACAUUUUAUGUCAAUAAAUAUGCUGAUCAUCAUGCUUUUGAGCUCGCAUCAUAG